AUGGCGGCGGCCUCCCCGCCGCAGGAUCAGCUGCAGCCGGCGGCGGAGGGCGCGGUUGCGCGGGAGGAACCCGCGGCGCUGACCCCAAGGAGGGCCCGGUUCCCGCGCGCGUGCCACUACCGUCCGAACGCGGCGCCGCCCACCCCCGCACCCGCGCCCGCGCCCGCGCCUCCGCCCCCGCGGCCGAGGCGGAGCGGGAAUGCGGGGGACGAGACGCCGGAGUACCGCGUGGUGACGCCGCUGGUGGAGGAGCCGGCGUCGCCCGCUGAGCUGCCGCGUUGGAGAUUGCGCGGCAUGUGGGAGCUCGCCUCCAUCCUCAACUUCCUCCACGUGUUCCGGCCAUUGCUGAACAUUGCGGUGGAGUUCACUGCGGAGGAGCUGGAGGACGCGAUCAUAACGCCCAAUGGGACGUUGGAUGACGUGCAUAUUCCUCUGUUAAAGUCAAUUCCUCCAGUAACUCGAAUGGCCAUGGGACGUGGAACAUGGAUAGCAGUGUUAUGUAAAAAAUUGAAGCACUGGUGGCAUUGGGUUGCAGAAGGCGAUCUACCGAUUGUUGCCUCACACGGAGCGGAAACUGAGCUGUACAAGGCACUUGAGCCAGGAAUUCGAUUAGUGAUCCUGAAAGCCAUAUGUGAUAUACGUGGUGAGCAAGAGGACGUUCGGAACUUCAUUGAUAGUUCUUUGAAGCAUGGUUAUCAUCUUUCCAUCUUCCGUAAAGAAAGAAUUGGAGGAGAUUCACAUGGAAUCUCAUACUGGUAUGAAGAUGAUCCAAUCCUCGGGCAUCGGUUGUAUCGUGAAAUUAGACGUGUGGAGCGUGUGAAGGAGUCAACAAAAAAAUCUAAAGGAAAGGGAGUUUCUACUGUUCCGGUUAUCUCCUAUCACUGGGAGGCUGUAGCUUGCAACUUUGAUGAGUUUAAAAUAGCUGCAGAAAAACUCUUUUCAAGUAGGAACAGGACAGAAGUCUCUCUUGGGAAGAAGCUGACGUUCAAUUAUCUUCCAGAGAUUGAAAAGAUUCACAAGAAGAAGGAGAAGUUGCUAAAAAAGCAACAAAGAGAAGCCCUCCUCCUCGAUAGCUACUUGACGGUGAAUGGAUUGACAUCUGGCCGCUCUCGUCGUGAAAGAAAACGUGUGACUUAUACUUUUGAUGAUUAUGAUCGUUCAAUAAAUGAAGCCAUAAAAACAAUAAAGAAAAAUGAGAAUGCUGUUGAGAUUGGCCCCUCGCCAUUAUGCAAAGGAUUCUAUGGAGAAACUCCAGCGAAGUCAUAUUACAAAGCAAAAAAGGGUGAAGGAAAGUCUGACACUCUCCAUCGCAGCUACAGGCAGAGAAAAAGAUCUCAAAGGUACACAAAAGACUAUGUUGAGGCCGUAUCAGAUAUUGACCUAGAUUUUGACAGUGAUGAUGAUAUCAUGGGUGAAGCAGUCUAUGAUGAAGACUAUCUUAGAAGAAGAAAAUGGCACAAGGCAAGCCUUUCUGAAAAUGAUGAUGAGUUUCAGUUGGAGCAAGUUGCCAAUGAUGGUGAUGAUGAAGUGGAUCAUUCUUUGAGUGCUAAUGAAGGCACAGAAGAGCUCCAAUGGUACAAAAGAUCUCCACUUCUCAUCCCUCAAGGGACCAAGUUGAAAUCUAUUGAUGAAAUCCAAAUUGGCAUCAGACGCAGUAAGCGCUCCACCCGCCCACGUAUUAACUAUCAACAGCUUGAUACUUUUGGUGCAAAUACAGAAUUUGGGAAGUCAGAGAAAUGCAAUGCAUCAGAUCCGGAUGCUGGUUCUGACGCACUAAAUGAUAUGGAGCUGUCAACAAGUCAAGACCGAGAGGAAGAAGACAAUGAAGUAAAUAAAGCACAGCAGCAGUGCAUAGAGAAAUCAAUUGUUCCUGUCAGUGAGAGUAGAAGUAUCCGGAGAAAAUUCCUCGACCUAAAUGAGUUUGUGCCUAUAGCUGGAUUUGAUGAUGCUUCAGUCUUGGUGGAAGAUGAGCACAUGAAUAACAGCCGAGAAAAAUGUUCUGCAGCACAUUAG